UUUCCCUGGUAUUGUAGAACAGCUGGCCUAUAGGCGAUGGGGUUUGGCAAUUACUUAUCUCCAAGCAGAUAUGGAGUCGUGUUGUCAGCUAUCCACAGCUGUCACUGCCCCACGUUUUAAAAUGGUGUGCGUCUCAGGUAUCCAUUGUGAAGCUGUGUGGUUGUUUUCAUUUGGUGUCGUUCGAUUGAGAUGCUGAUUUUCUGUUGAUGCGUACAGGACUGUGUUUUAAAUUUGGCAGUGAUAGGUAUGUCAGCGUCUGCAGCUGCUACUCCACCAACACAAACAUCAAGCCAGUGUCCGCUACAUAAGAACUACAGCGCCUUGGUAAGACAGAUGGAUGGGAGACGUAUCCUCAAGCACUUGGUACAAGAUGGCAUUAUCUCUAUUGAGAAGCAAAGAGGAAUGAAAGAAGAGGCACGAACAACAGAGGUUCUCAACGAGAAGAUAAUUGACGUGAUUGUCAGAAAGGGAGGUCUUGAGUGCGCAGCCGCAGUACAGUCGCUCUGCUCCGCACUACGACAGGAGGAUGUGAAGCAAGACCAUUUGGCCGAUCUACUGGUGCCAGUUACAACUACUCACACUUCAGGUGCAUCUCCGUGUGAAGCUCAAACAAAAUGGCAGUCUCCGUACAACAUAGUGUUGCUGGGAAGAACAGGGAACGGCAAAAGCGCCACUGGUAACAGUAUUGUAGGGAAUAAUGUAUUCAACGUGUCUAAAAGGUGGGGAUCAGAAACUACCACCUGUGAUAAUGCUAAGGCAUGUAUUGAUGGAUACAUUCUAAAUGUAAUUGACACCCCAGGAUUUGCUGAUACCAGUAUGCCCUAUGAGACAAUUGUCGAAGAGAUAAGUAAAGUUCAUGUGCUAGCGCAUGGUGGAAUACAUGCCGUAAUACUGGUUUUCAGACCGGACUGUAGAUUAACAGAGGAGGAGAAAAUGGCAUAUAAUAGUCUGAUUCAGAAGUUUCAAACUGACAUCCUCAAGCACGUAAUCAUAUUGUAUACGCACGGUGAUGAUUUUGAGGAAGAAGCAUUGAAAGACCUCAUUAACGACGACAAAAAUCCAAAGUGGUUCAAAGGGCUUUUGAGGCAGGUAAAGAAUAGAUAUUUGAUUUUUGACAACCGCACAAACGAUCAGGAUACAAAGGACAGACAGAGGCACAGGCUCCUUGACAUGAUACGGAGUGUCAUGACUGAUACCGACAAUAAGCCAUACAAUAAUAAGUACACUAAGAUGGUAUCCUCAAUGAUCUAUGAUCAUGACAAAACAAAACGUGCGUCAAGGCAAGGCAAGAAGCCCAAGGUAACUUCAGCAAGCACCAACCAGACAGCCGGCGCAGUACCAAAGACGCCCAAGGCGAAGGCAAAUCCCCAGAAACCUCGGGCUGACAAAAAGUCAACACCGUUUGUACCAAAUUGGACCCAGAAGAUAUCAAAGAAGAAAAAGAACGAUCGAAGAGGAAAACAACAGGAGAAGAGAAGACAUGCAAACAUCUCCAGUCAAGACGUCACUGGGAAAAGUACGACUGUUCCAGGGCGUGUUGACGACGACCCUACAGGCCAGUGGACAGUGUCACAGUCUCGCUGGAGGAAGACGCACCAGCCCGCGGCCACGAAUGUUCAGUCUCAAGCCCCAUCUUCUCCAUCCCCUACUCGAGAACCCUCCAAUCAGAGCCCGAGGAAUGUCGCAACACGCAUGGCAAGCAAGGACGAGGUGGGAGCUGCGGUGGCGGUACCUGGAUCCGGGGAUGUCAGCAACCAACCACAGCCGCCACAGCCAGAAGGAAAACCUAUCAAGCCGGAGCCCGUCACUAUUGAGAUACAUCAGAAGAUCGACGAAGUGUUUAAAUUGUUUGAAGAGAGCGAUGAACAUCAGAAAAAGGUCAUUAUGCAGAAGUUGAAAGAUGAGUUGAACAAAGACACUGAAAGGGACUGUUUUCCCGCGUCCUCUGUUUUGGUAACAGCUUCUGCUGACGAAGUUCCUCUUUCCUCAGUUUCUGUUGGUGAGGAUGUCAGGGUGUCCGCAGACACAUUUGAGCCAGUGUUCAUCUUCAGCCAUGCACUGGAGGACGUCCUGUCAACAUACAUUGAUGUCACCACAGAGAAGGGCAAGACGGUCUCCUUGUCGCAGAGCCAUUUCAUCACCAUCAGCAGGGAUGGAGAGAGGGUCACUGUUCCUGCCAGAGAAAUAAAAGAAGGAGACAAGGUGUUCUCUGUGGAAGAGUCCACAGGUUGCUUGACACCUGAUAAGGUAGUCGACGUUCACUACGCGCUCAAAAGUGGUCAGUACUGUCCCCACACCUACAGCGGCUCCCUGAUCGUGGAUGGCGUGUACGUCUCCUGCUAUACCGACAAGCUUCCGCUGGCGUUAGCGCACGGGCUCCUCCUGCCGCUCGGCUGGCUGCACCGCACCUGCCCCCGCCUGUUCAGGCUGCUUUGCGUCCCGGAGGAGACAGGCGGCGUGCCGUGGUGGAUGGGCAAGCUGGAGGACAUGCUGGCAUGGUGGAGGUCACGUUGAUACAAAAACUUGUACUCCUAUGUAAGCCCGGUACAGACUACAUUUUCUCUAGAGACUGCGACCGCGUUCCGAUCACUGAGUCACCAACUAUCUAAGCCAUCUACAUCUACAUCUGCAUCUACAUUUAUA